UUUUUGUCUGAUUUUGUGUUGUUCUAAUGUGAGUCAAGUUCUAGCGAUUAAUUUUUUUAAGAUUACUUUAAAGAAUAUUUUAAUGGCGAGGUUAGACGGCAGUACAGAAUUCACUUCAGCCUUAAAACCUAUUGAGUGUCCAUUUACAUGGAAACUUUCAGAACUUCUUGUAAAGGAAUCAUCUAAUAUUGUUGAAAGACUGCUUGAAAAAGAAGACAUUUCUGAAGAAUAUAAUGCCCAGUUCAAAUGUUCCAUCUUUGUAGUCCAGUUGCUGCUGAGUUAUGAGUUUUACAACCUGGGAAACAAAUCUGAGGCUGUGCGUCGGCUGGAAUGGUGUGAGAGAGAGCUGGCAGCUUUGGACAGCAGUGGGUGCAGGGAACCAUUCUAUCUCAACAUGAGGAGGCCGAUGUGGCAUGUCACUCUAGCAAUGCGAGAAGUCAUGAGUGAAAACAUCCACUACCAGCACAUUGAUGAGCGUUACAACCUAACACUGCUUACAGCACCUGAAAAGGCAUGCUUGUAUGGGCUCAAGUCAAUGUGUUUCUUGGAGUAUGGGUUCAAUGGCAACAUGGCAGCCAUGAAAUGGGCCAAACUUGCCUUAGUAACAGACCCAGCAGAAGCAGAAUGGCACUUCCUCACUGGCAAAUGCAUGGGCCGAGUGCGCCGCUGCACAAAGAAGUUCAGUGGAGUACCGAGAGAGGAGGUGGAGUUGAUAGAACGAGCUGUAGCCAUCAGCGCCAACCCCAAGUACAUCAUGUAUGUGGCUCAGGUUUACCAACAGAGCGCAAGUGCCGCCUUCAUACACCACCGCGAUGACCAGGGCUUCUACAAGAGUAACCUCUACAGGGCCAUCAACAACAUGAACAAGAAGGCAGUGGAGUUGUACCAACAGGCUAUAGUGUUCCGGCCUAACUGUAGCUACACGUAUAUUCGCUGCCUCAAUGGACUGCUCAAGCUGCCAAGGAAGUACCUCAACAUGACACAAGUGCGAGAGAUGGUGGACAAAGUCACUGAAAUAUCUCCAAAUAACACCAUGUUCCUGCACACUGCCGGCCUCUACUACCUCAAAAUGGAAGCUGAUCCUAAAAAAGCCCUGAGGUUUUUAGAAAAGGCAAGUGAACAGGGAAACUAUGGCGCAUCCAUGGAUGCAAUUCGCUUACGCUUUCGAAUGAAUGAAAGUUACAAUCCUAUUGGGCGUUUGAACAAACUUAUAGAAAAAUUCACUGCCGAGCCGCAUCAUGAAGAUGCAGUCACACAACUUGGCUCAUUUUAUCUUUUUAUCGUGAGAGAUUUAGAGAAGGCCAUAAAUACAUACAACACUAUCAUUCAAAAGAAUCCUGAGAGCAGAGCUAUGUUGGUCCAUAAGCCUAUCUUCAUAAGAAUGACCAGACCAGUGAACUUGUACGAGCUUCUGGUAAAUGAAGUGAAGAUGUAUGAGGUGAAAAGCAGACAGCUGGAUCGCAGACUCAAGGAUAACUUGCUGAGUGUUGUGGCUCAGUACUUCCCCCACCUCCUGGAGAGAGAAGUUGACACACAGAUGAUACAUCGGAUCAUCAGAGACCACCGUCGCAUGGGACGCAUUGAGAUGAGACGACGAGCCAUUUUUAAGAGAAUGUUGUCAACUGAGAAACCAGAGCAAGUUAAAGAGAAGGAAGAGUAGUCAUCAGAUACAGAGCUCAACGUAGAAGGCUGACUUGCAGCACCCCAGAGCCACAUGAAAAGGGUUAUUUUUAAAAUCUAGAAUGCAAAGAAUCCUACCAAAUAAAUUAUUUUACUCAAUUGAAAAUUGAAAAUCAAGUGUCCUUGUA